AUGAAUGUAUUAUUAAAAGAAGAUGAAGUCGAAAUUUUAGAGAGCAAACUCAGAGACCCAACUAGUGGAAUCAUUCCAAAGUUGAGUGGUGACGAUCAGAUUAGAGCAUGUGAUAUAGUCGAUUGGUUGAUUACAAGCAUGCCCAUCUCACGUAGUAAAGCCACAGAGUAUGGCCAGAUGCUUUGGAAUCGUGGUGUAUUCGACCAUAUUGCUCCGGGUUUUGCCGAUAACGACCAACAGUUUCGUUUGAAGCCAUCGGAGAUCUCACCAAGAAGGUCCGUCGAUGAACAACAGUGGAACCAACUCAGACAAGAUUCAGCUCAAAAAGAUACAGCAUCAGCUGAUCCAAUUGCAAAAUUACAUAAAUCAAUUGAGAAUGCAACUAAAGUAUAUCAGAGACUAUUGAGAGAGAAGAAUCAGUUGGCUCCACCCAAUAUGUUGUUGGGUUUGAAAUUGUUGGACCAAACACUGAAUCUUAUUACAUCGAGUGGUGACAACAGUGUGGCACAUCCAGGUUACAGUCAAAUUCUUUAUCUUUUGGCCAAUCCAGAUAGUGUUGCUGAAAGUGGUGCAGCAGAGGUCGACGCUGAUACUGAGGAUCAAUCGUCAUUCACUCCACAGCCAUACACAAAGAAACUUCCAGCCAUUCCAGAAUCGAAACAAAAAUCACAACAAGAGGAAGAUACAGAGGUGGUCGAAGCACUAUCUGUCUCUGAGAAAUUGGAAGCUGGACUAAUUGAACAGCUGUCGUUGGCACAACAACAAACCAAUCUUCUCAAGCAACUUUUGAAUAAAACAACAGCUAAUCCAACAACAGCUUCAACCACAUCGGUUGCAUCACAAGCAUCGGCAUCAACUUCAGCAAACGAUAAACAAAUUGUAUCACCAACCAUUCAAUCUGUCGCCUAUCCGAAUUCAUCAUUCGAUGAAUCACCGAUCUCUCUACAACGUUCAAUCAGUAACUAUAUGGGAUUGCUCAAAGGCAUCGAUUUGGCGCCUGUCGUUAUUGGCAGUGUCGAGAAUAAAUUCCCAAAGUUUUUGAUUGCCGAUCCAAGAAAUGAUUCGUUUAUCUUUACUGUGAAUGGACCGAUGCCAGACCAGUUGGAAUCCUCGAUCCACUCGUGUUUCAACAACAACUUUUAUGCGAGAACCGUUUCUACCUAUCCGCAUCUCCCAGGUCAUCCAAAGCGUGAGGGUGACCCAAUAUGCGACCACUUUAGUAUACAGAUGCAAGCCAAUCGUGUUAUCGCUGCCAUUGCCGAUGGUUGCAACUGGGGAGUGCGUCCACAGGAAGCCGCCCUCAAGGCAUCGACCUCGUUCGUCGACUUUAUCAGCAAGGCACUCUCCAGUGAGAUUCAAACCGUUCAAGACGCUGGAAAUCAUAUCCUCUCUGCGUUUAACUUUGCACACAACAAGAUUAUCGAAGGAAAAUCAGAUAUUUGGGAAGCGGGAACCACUACUCUCCUGGGAGGUGUCAUGGUGGAAUUGGUUGGUGGCAACGACACCGCCACUACCACCACCGCAUCACCUCCACUCCAAUCUCACCCGUCCUCACAAACAACACCAUACGCAUCACCACCAUCCAAUAACAACACUCUGGCAUCAUCUGUCUCCACAUCUUCACUCGCUUCAUCAGUCUUUAAUCACCCGACAUCCAGUCACUCACCAAUUUCCUCAUCAUCCAACUCAUCACCUCCAUCACCACCAAUCUCAUCCGAAUCAAAUAACAACAACAAUUUCACCAAUUUCCUUUCUAGAUCCGUUCCGAAUGCAAAGGAUUUGUCAAAGAAUUCAGCGGCACGCGAACCCGCACCCUCCAAGUGGGGAUUCAUUUGCGCGAGUGUCGGUGACUGCAAGGCAUUCCACUACAAUCACACCAACAAGAAAUUCACAGAUAUCACCAAGAACAAUCGUGGCAACGUCGACGAUCCCAAGGAUCCAGGUGGUCGUCUCGGUCCGUACGUAGCAAACGGCCAUCCCGAUCUGCGUAAUCUUUGUCUCCACUUUUUACCAUGUCAAGAGAACGACAUUAUCAUCUUGUUGUCCGAUGGUGUCCACGACAAUCUCGAUCCACACACCAUUGGAGUGUCGCCUCGUGAGUGUGGUAUGCCACACGACCACUGGUCAGACAUGGACGUCGAGAAAGCACAGGACAGCAAGAGCAAAUACAUGCAGGAAUUCCUCAAGAAGAAACUUAGACCGACGCCAGACGAACCGAUUCACCCAAAGAACAUCGUAGAGAAACUGAUCGAACAUUGUGUAGAGACAACCAGAUCGAGUCGAGAGUUUAUGGUGGCCUAUCCCCACAAGCCACUUCCCGACGAUCUCAAAGCCUACCCAGGUAAAAUGGAUCAUACCACUUGCAUCGCUUUUAAAGUUGGUAAACAAUCACUUUAA